AAUAAUGAUCCAAAAAAACUAGAUGGAUUAUGAGAGCAUGAUUGAUGGAUUCCAUCAAAACCACCAUGGACCCCCCAACACCAACACAAAUCAAAAAUUUCAUACAAGUGGUUGUAACCUACAAGAAGAAAAUAGAAAGAAUAAAAAAAAAACCCCAAAGCAACCUUUGGUUUUGCCUCCUUCCUCCCAAUAAAUAAAGUAAUAAUCCUUCCAUCACAAAACACAUAAAAUUAGUGAGAAUAAUUAGAGAAAGAGAGAAGAGGGAGUUUUUAAAGAAAGAAAGAAGAACGAAGGGUGCCCCUUUGGUUGAAUCAGAAGACAACCAGAGGGCCAGCUUUUCCAUGAAGGAGAGAAGAAACUGACCUUACCCAAUUGCCAAUCCAACCAUGCCAUCUAUCAGGAUCGUGAGGUGUGUUUCUCUCCUUCGUGGAUUUAGGGUAUCGGUGGACAAGUUUAAGCUUGGCCGCGUCUAGAUGAAAAGCUGUAGAUAUCUUCCGUCUUGGGUCUCUGCCAUUUUCACAUGCAUGGGAGGCUGUCUUGGAUGCUGUACUGGUACCCAACCCCGACUACUUAUUGCGGUCGAUGAGCCAUCAAACAGACUGAGAAUUCAAGGUCGAUCGGCGAGGAAAAAUAGCAUAUCAGAGGACUUCUGGAGCACUAGCACUAUGGAAAUGGAGAACAGUGGAGUCCAGUCCCAGAAAAGCAUCUCGUCGGUCAGCACUUCAAACCUCGUUGAUUCCCAUGGUACUUCUGGCAGCACAAGCAAUACACCUGAAUUUGUAAAUCAUGGUCUUUUACUCUGGAAUCAGACAAGGAGUCAGUGGCUUGCAAAUAGGUCUCAACACCAGACGCAACUUCGAGAACCUAGAAUAAGUUGGAAUGCCACUUAUGAGAGUUUACUUAGUACCAACAAGCCGUUUCGCCAGCCGAUCCCUCUCCCUGAAAUGAUCGAUUUUCUUGUUGAUAUAUGGGAGCAAGAGGGUUUGUACGAUUGAUCCAGCAAAGCCUGAAAAACUUUCUUUUCUUUAGCUUUUCUUGCCCAGCUUUGUAAAUUUACGCAAGUCUUUAAAUCUUUGAUAUUGAUGCUUGCUUACAUAUCAAUUGCGAUGUUAGAUACAUUUGAGCUUUUUUAUGAGCUAAGUGCCCAAAAAUACACCUGGCUUUUCUGAUUAA